AUGGCCCUACUGCUGUUGGCGCUGGCGGCCGCCUCCCUGGCUUGGCCCUGCGCGGCAACCCCGUCGGGGAGCCACUUCUCCGAGGCGCGGGUGGCCCGCUGGGCAACUGCAGCCUUACGGCACGUGGCGGUGGCGCCGUGUCCGGAGCGUGGCGGCCUCUUGCCGCGGCCGCAGUGCCAGCGCCUGGCGCGGCUCUCGCAAGGGCUGGGCCCUGCCGUCUACGUCUCCGAGCCCGCCCAGCCAGGGCACAAGGUGCGAGCCCUUCUGCCUGACGGCUGGGGAGACAGACCCGGCGGGUCCCUCGCGCCCGCUCGCAACCAGAGCGCCGGCCUGCAGCGCCCUGCCGGCGUCUCUCCUCCGGCGCACGACGCCGUCCUAGUGCUGGACCCCAGCCCCGGCGCCAGCUUCGGCCACCCGCUCCUGCUUUUCUAUAUUGACUUCAACGUGAGCCCGCGCCGAUGCCGCAGCCGUGACCGCCUCUAUCUGGGGAGCUAUGAGUGCUUGACACCUGCUCAGAGGAGCCGCUGUGAGAACCAGCUGAAGCGCAGGCCGGGACGUGGCAAGGGACGAAGUCAGCGAUCGGCAGGCCGUGCUCGCCGCGAGGAGCCGCCCGUUGGGCUCUGUGAGAUCCAUUUCCUGCCCUUGGUGGUUGUGGCACAGGACCCUAAACACCCGCAGAAGCUGCACUGCAUGGACCUCCGUGGAUUCAACCCAUGCCCUCAGCCUCUGCCCCUCAUCAGCUCCAGUUCUACAGUUGCCUAUUGUGAGCUCAACAAGAACACCCGGCGGUGCCAUCGCCAGCAGCUGCCAAUGUACAAGUCUUGCCGCAUGUAUCAGACAUGCGAUCAUGCAGUGCUGAUAACAGGUGGCUGGCAGGAGCAGGUCACCUACCCACAUCAUGCCCACAACCUGUUGCUGUUCUACCAGAUGCUUCGACGGAAUGGCUUCCGCCAAGAGCACAUUAAGGCCUUCUUUGCAAAUGAGGGGCAGGCUGCAGUGGCUGUGGAGAUGGGUGAUGUGCACCCAGCCACAGAGAAGCUGGCAAUUCGCUCCCACCUGGCCUUGGUCUGCCGGAGCCUGCACUGUGCUGACUCAUUGGUGCUCUACCUCAACAGCCCCGCAGCCAGCGAUGGCACCAUACUGCUGUGGGAUGCCAACCACAAUGGAAUUGCUGAUCCUAAGGAGCGGUAUCCCAUCUCUGAGCUCUUAACUGACUUGGAAAGCUGCAAUGCCCGCAGGGUCCUCCUCUUUCUUGACCAGAGCUAUCCAGAGCCAUUGGCAAAGAAGCUGCGGGCAUCACGGCACCAUCCCAAUGUGGUACUAGUGCGUGGCAUCACCCCCAGUGGUGGGUCAGCUUUUGCUGAGUUCUGGGCAGGAUUACAGCCUGAUCAGUGUCUUCUACAGCACAUCUUGCCCGUGGGCCCGUGGUCGGCAGUUUUGGCCUCUGGCACCUCAGCCCAGUUGCUCAAUGUCACAUUAGCAGGUGCACCUUGCCAUUCUAUACCACCCAUGGGUGAGGAGGAGCGUCAGCGUCGCUACCAAGGCUGUCAAAAUCUGCCCACCAUGUUGUGGUAUCGGAGCAGGCACCAGCAGAUGCCGCAGGAGGAUGAUUGAGGUGGAUGGGGUACUGCCCUGAGCUUCUCCACUUGUUCUCUACCCAUGGACCCUUCCCCUCCCCUCCCCCCCGCUGGGAUUCCUGGCUCCAAGGAAAAUGGGUGCAGUUGAGAGGCCUGGUGCAGUUCAUGAACAUUGGUGGGGUAGGUUGAGGCAGCCUCAGUGAACUGUGGCACUGCGACAGACUUUCAAAAUGUCCUUUCAAGUGGCCAGGCCCAAAAGCUUGUUCUUGCAUCCUGUUAAGUAUAUAAAUGUUUAUAGACACAGAUCAGUGGUCACCAACUGGAAUACAGCCAUGAUGUGCAGGACAAAAGGCCAAUAGCAUUUGCCACCAGCACUAGGCAAGUAGGGCAGGGCACCAUGAAAGUGUGGGGAAGGACAAAUAGAGCUGCAUCUACUCCUGUGGUUACAAUGUCCUGUUGCCUGGCAUAUGGCUGUUCCCCUCCUUGGGGAGCCACAAGUGCAGUGUUGUGUGUCCUUCUUUCCACCUCAUCUCUAUGGUUAUAAACCCCGAAGUUCCCUCUUGGUGUGAAAGAGGUAGGGGAAAACAUACUUUAAGACAACCAGCCCCUUGAA